CAAGUGGGCUGCGGAGUCUCUCCCUGCCCCCUCAGCCCCUGGUAGCUCCAUUUAUGAUGUCACAGUUGUGAGGUCACACUGUGCGGGGCUGGGUCCCUGUGAAGUGAAGGCUGGCUGCCCUGCCCCAUGGCAUUUUGAGUCACAACCUCGUGCCUGUAAGGAGCUCGCCGUGUCCUGCUGGCUGUGGGCCUGUGGCAGGCGCUCUCCUCCUGGCAAUUGGUUUGAGGCUCUCGCCCAAGUGGUCUCCCCUGGACAGGCAAUAGUCCUGCAGCAGGAGGAAGACACACAAGCUUGCAGGAGACAUUAAUUUCUCCCCAAUACAAGGAGGAGAAAGGCUCCUGCAAGGCUUCAAGACGCUGACCUGUCAAGCAGGUCAGCUUGUGGAAGUAUGGAGGGCAGGUGUGCGGCUGGGCCCACUCAGGUGCUGAGGAACAGGUGCACCCUCUCUCAGGAGGACCGUGGCACCAGCUGGAAAGGGCCACCACGCUGCAAAUGCAGUGCUGGAGAAAAUGAAGCGUUGGUCUUCAGCAUUGCUUAUCGCCUGGCAGCAGCCGUGCUCUCCCUCCAGAGAUGCAUCAACACAGGCAUCUCCAUUCUGAAAGAGGUGGUCACCCUGAAAAUGGAAAGGGACUCCACAAUCCUCAUUGUGAUGAGCCUAUCUGUUUUCAUCGGCGCCUGCUGUGGGACCUCACUCCUCAUGUGGACAGCGCGGGCAAUGAAUGUGCAACAGGUGCCACCGGGGCUGUCUGAAGCUGAGAUUAAUUCCCUGCGGAACACACUCGCUCUGUGGAGGGAACAAGCCCAAGAGAUGCAAGAGCUGAGGGAUAAGACAGCACGCCUGGCUGCAGAGAUCAGUACUAUGACAAAGGAAUUUCAGCAAAUGACAGAUGCGAUGUCUGCAAACAUGGGCAUGUCUGACUGGGCUCUGAAAAUGCCAGGGGCUGCCAUCGACCUGCAGAAAUCACCCAGCAGCGGUACAGGAUUCUGCAGAGUGUUUUGGUUCCUGUGUGCUCCACCACGUCUGGAUAGCUUUGUGCAGCCGGACACAUCCCCAGGAUACUGCUGGCCUUUCCGAGGGUCUCGGAGUGAGGUGUUAAUCCGGUUGCCCACACAAAUACAACCAACAGCUGUUGUCAUACAACACACCUCAAAGGCAGCCAUUCCACUAGAGACUGUCAGCAGUGCCCCCCGAGAUAUCACCGUCUAUGGACUGGACAAGGAAGGGGAGGAGGAAACUCUGCUGGGGAGAUUCACCUACACUGUGAAGAGAGAGCCACCACAGACCUUUCCUCUGCAGAAUGGGAUCCCCAGGGCCUUUCAGUUUUUGAAACUUGUCGUACAGAGCAACUGGGGAAAACCCGGUUACACCUGCAUUUACCGAGUGUGGGUGCACGGGAAGAUCGUGGAAUCAAAUGCCACCGGACAGACACAGGUGAAGGCCUUUCCCCAAUGA